CAAGAGUAGAGGAAGGUACGCUUAUUGUGUUCGUAAGAAAUUCCGGUGACAUUUCCCCCACUACGUAUUGUUGUGAUGAUGUUGGAACUUGUUCUGAGUAUUAUCGUCGUACCAGGAGGAGAUGCUUUGCUUUUCCCUUAUGCACGAAUGAGAAAACAUAAACUGUGUUGUAUUGACGUAUCUGCACUUGAAGGUUACGAGGGACUACUGCCUGUGGUUGUUUACAGCUUGUCUUCACAACAGCUGGCUAACUCGAUUGAUCAGGAAAUCAAGAGAUUGCUGGGAGUGAAAACCUUGGAAUUCAUUGUCCUGUAUAAAGAUAUAAGAAAC